GAAACUCACGUGAAAAUUGUGGUAAAUCAAAGUCCAGAAAGUGAUUCUUUUCCACAUAGUAUAAAUUUCGCACACGGUAUCCGGCGUUAAAGAUAUAUUUUAACACUUUUUACGUGAAUAAGAAUCCGAAAAAUGCUAUAAAAAUACGUCACGUGAAUUACUUCUUAAAACCUAGAAUUUAAGUGAUGUUCCAUUCAUAUUCGGUAAUGUUACUUGCAGUUAUCCUCUGUUAAUUAUUUUUUUCAGAUGAAAACAAAGCAUAAAUCAUCAACGAAGCAUUUGUGACGAAAAAAUCAAAUCAUCAACGAAUGGUUGUUUAUUUCCCAAAAUGUGAAUUUUUUUUUUCUUCGGUUUGGAUUAACCGAAUGCAUACUAGAGUUCGAUGAAGAUUUUGAGUAUUACAUCGGAGUAAAUAUUUAAUUUGUAAGGUAAAAAAAAAGAGCGAUUAUCACAAUGAGAUUUUGUUAAAUUAGAAAUGUGAGAAAUUUUUGUUUGUGUAUGACUUUACGCUAAGGCAAUAUAUGUUUCGUUAACACUUUAAAAUGUCCGUAAUCGACAGAGUCAGCUGUUUUCAGAACAUUUUCAAGGCAUUAACCUCACACUCGGCACAAAACUACUUGUUAAAAUUGAAGAUCUUGUUCCAUCUGUCAUAUUGAUUACAUUGACCAACAAAUAUGUAAUUGAGCUAGUAAACCUAGUGUUUCAGUAGUGAACAUCUCAGAAUGAGUCUCAGAUUAUUUCGAUCAUUAUCCGUGCAACUUAUGCACAAAAGGUUUUAUAAAAAACAGCCAGUAAGAGUGAGAUUCGCACCCAGUCCGACAGGACAACUUCAUCUUGGAGGAUUGCGCACGGCCUUAUACAAUUAUUUAUUUGCACGUAAAAAUGAUGGAACUUUUAUAUUGCGAAUUGAAGAUACAGAUCAAUCUAGAUUGCAAGUUGGAGCGAUGGAGAAGCUUCAAGAGGAUCUUUUGUGGGCAGGAAUCAUCCCUGAUGAAGGCCCAAUAGCUGGGGGGCCCUCAGCUCCAUAUGUUCAAUCAAAACGUCUGAAUCUUUAUCAAGAACAAGUUGAAAAACUCUUGGAAAAUGGUUCAGCGUACUAUUGCUUUUGUUCAGAACGUCGAUUAGAAAUGAUGAGAAAAGAAGCAAUCAAAGCAGGAGAAGUUCCAAAGUACGAUAACCGCUGUCGACAUUUGGAAAAAGAUGUUAUUAAUACCAAAAUUAGUAGACAAGAACCUCGUUGUAUUAGAUUCAAGCUUCCUGACAAAUCAACCACUUUUCACGACAUGGUGUAUGGGGAUUUAACAAUAAAUCAAACCGAAGGUGAUCCUGUGAUUAUAAAGACUGAUGGAUUCCCUACCUAUCAUUUUGCUAACGUUGUAGACGACCACUUCAUGGAAAUAUCACAUAUUUUACGAGGUGUUGAAUGGCAGACGUCAACGGGAAAACAUUUACAAAUAUAUAAUGCAUUCGGAUGGACACCUCCUCAGUUUGGACACUUACCUCUCAUCUUAAAUGCAGAUGGAACGAAAUUGUCGAAGAGACAGGGGGAUAUAACAGUGGAUGCAUUUCGGAAAGACGGUAUUUUUCCACUGGCUCUGUUAAAUUAUAUCACCUAUGCUGGAGGAGGGUUUCAACGAGAAGAAGGCUUUCAGAGUGUAUGCCAUACUUAUGCCGAUCUCAUACAUCAGUUCGAUGUUGAGAGAAUCAAUACGAGCUCUUCGAAACUACACCAUGAUAAGUUACUGGAAUUUAACAAAUUAGAACUCUCCAAUCUACUUGAUGAUACAGAUAAUUUGGGAUUUUUGGUGCAUAAAAUGCAAAAAAUGAUUUUGCAAACAUUUCCAGAUAGACGUAACGAUGGAAGCUUACAAAUGGAUGAACAUCAUAUGAUCACUAUACUGCAAUGGGCCAGGAAUAGAAUAACUAAAUUGAAUGAUUUGGUGUCAACGGAUCUAGCUUUUUUAUGGGUUAAUCCGUCUUUAUCCAUUGACGAUCCUGGAACUAUAGGUUCACUGCAAACGUUAUGUACCGAAUUAGAAAAUUGGGAUGGAAAUAAUUUUAAAAAGCAUCAAUUGAACGACUAUUUGAGAAAAUUCGCCACGGAUAAUGGAGUGAAAUUCUCAACCCUCAUGAAAUCGUUACGAACUGCUCUAAGUGGUUUGGAGCACGGUCCAGGUGUAGCUGAAAUGAUGGAGAUAUUAGGAAAAGAGGAAACAUUGCAACGCUUGAAACAGUGUAAUAUUCAAUGAUUGUAGUCAAUAAAUAUCUAUUUUCAAA